CACAGCUCCACCACACAGCACCACCACACAGCUCCAUCACACAGCUCCAUCACACAGCCCUGCAGCAGGCGGCUGCUGGCCAGGACCCCCCUUCCUCCCGCAGCCCAGCACCAAGCCGCUGGUACGGAUGGCAGGAGCUCCAGCCCACGCCAUCACCGCAUAUAUAAAACGCCAAAGGUGACGUGUAUUUAUGUCCGUGUGACAGCCUGAAGGUGUUGGGUGCUCCUGAACCGACCUUACUGCGUGCCGAUUCUGCACCUCCGAAAGCCGCUGGAGGCCCUCACGAAGGCGAGCGGCCAGGAGGCCCCAGCACCGCCCGGACACACCGCGCCGGCACCAGCGGGGAAGGACAAGGCCGGGAGCUCUCGGUCGCCACGGGACAGCCGUCUUCAUGCAUUCACCGUGCGCCUGGGGCGGUAACGGCAAUGCCCAGCGGGCGCUGCCGCGGCAGAGGCAGAGGCAGGCCGUGGUACGCGGGCUCUAAGCCUCUACAGCGGGGGAGGCAGCCCAGGGCCGCGGGCGCAGGCCCCUCCCGCCGCCGCCGCCUGACGGCACCCCCCGCCGGGGCCUCUGCCCGCGCCGGGCGGGAUGCGGGGCUCUCGCAAGCGGCUGUGCUCCGCCUUGAUCGUCGCUUACGGCCUCUUCUCCCUCUACGCGGCCUACACCGUCUUCCUCCGGCCCCGCCGCCUGGCCGCCCCCCGCCCGCCGCACCGGGACCGCCGCGGCUCGCGAGAUCAUGUUGCCUUGGGAAAUGAGGAGUGGAAUCCAUGGGAAGAGGACGAGAAAAACGAACUGGUUGCUUCUCAGCAGAAAUAUGAAGCUAAUCUUAAGAUGAUAAAAAAUGCAAGAUCUCAUCUAGACCAAACCAGUCUUAGAGUACAGAUUUGGGGCAAAGCAGCAAUUGGUCUUUACCUUUGGCAACAUAUUAUUGGAGGGCACCUUGAGCCAGCUGAUGUGACUGCACAGUGGAGAGAAGGAAGCCAAAAAGCAGGAAAAAUGUAUUUCAGCUUCAUCACUGGUCCAUCUGUAGUUCCUGGCUACUUCUCAGUUGAAGCUGAAAAUGUUGUGCUAGUUCUGAAUGGAAGAGAAAAAGCAAAGAUCACGUACGCCACUCAGUGGUUGCAUUACGCACAAACAUUAAUUCAGACUCGCAAAAUACAGCAUGUGGUGGUUGUGCUGCUUGGGAAUGAGCAGUGCAACAAUGAGUGGAUUCAACCAUACCUGAAAAGAAAUGGAGGAUUUGUAAAUCUACUCUUUGUUACUUAUGACUACGCAUUGGUAAAUGAAGAAGAUAUUUUCCAGUGGCCUUUAGGAGUAGCUACCUACAGAAAUUUUCCAGUUGUAGAACCCAGCUGGUCAAUGCUACGCGAUCCAAGAUCAUAUCUGUGUAAUUUCUUAGGAACAGUUUAUAAGAACUCUUCUAGGGAAAACCUAAUGGAAAUUCUGAAACAGGAUGGGCUUGACAAACUUUGCUGGAUUGCAGCCAGAGAACAGUGGCAGCCUCAAGAAACAAAUGAAAGUUUCAAAAACUAUCAAGAUGCCUUGCUGCAGAGUGAUUUGACAUUGUGCCCAGUGGGAAUAAAUACAGAAUGCUACAGAAUUUAUGAAGCUUGUUCAUAUGGAUCUCUACCUGUUAUAGAAGAUGUAAUGACAUCGGGUGAUUGUGGAAAUUCAUCAGUGUACCACAGUGCUCCAUUACAAUUAUUAAAAACCAUGGGGGCUCCAUUUAUCUUUAUUAAAAACUGGAAAGAGCUUCCUGCUGUUCUAGAGAAAGAAAAAAAAAUGAGCUUACAAGAAAAGAUUCAAAGGAGGAAAAAGCUUAUAGAAUGGUAUCGGAACUUCAAAGCAUGGAUGAGACAGAAAUUCAUUAAUACCUUGGAAAAUUCAUUUUUGCCCAGUGAUAAAGGAUAAAUUGUCCCUUUUGAAAAUCUAGAAUAGAUUGAAAGCUUAAUUUCCAUUAACCUUCCAAGGAAGCUUUUAUUCAAAAGUAAACUCACAGGGCGGAUGCAUUCCUUUUGAAGUCAACGGAAUUGCACUAGGUUGGCCAAGAGCUAUGUAUAGCCCUCCAUCCUUAACAAUUUUCAGAGGUUGUUGACUUAGCAGGAUGAUAGUCUGUAAGGAUUACAACAAUUUUAUUACUAUUUUUACAGUUUCCAUGUUGGUGUGUGACCUGAUAAUUUUUUUUUAGAAGAAUAUGUUUAAGCAUGUGAACUUGUUAAAAUCCAGCAUGAUAACAACAGUUGUGUUUGAAGAAAAGAGAAGAAUGAAAGCUGUAUGGUAGGGGGUAAUUUGUUAUGUAGAUGAAAGAAGGAAAGUAUGAUUAGAGCAAAAUUGCCAGGUUUAGCACAAUCACUAAGAUAUAUCCUGGUAAGUGCUUGUUUUGAAAAUGUGAACUAUUUACUUGAUUGACAUUUCAUUUCCAAGAGAGUGGCCAUAAAGCUAAUUAAACACUGGAAUAAAAGUGUUUAUUCAAGGUAAAAAUAGAAAACUCUUUCUUAGAAAUGUUUCGUAGUAGUUUAUUUCCCCUUUAAAUUCAGGUAUCAAAAUUGCUUCGUUUCAUUUCUUUUUAGUCCUGGACAUACCUUACAGAAUUUCUGCUGCAGGAGCAUUCAUUACCUGCAGUUACAGCUGCACAUUCUAAACACCAGGCCUUAAACAUGAAUCUACUUGGAGCUUACCUGAUUUCUCAAGAUCUGCUGAAACUUGUCAACUCCAAAAGAUGGCAGAAAUAUAACAUUGCAUGUUUGUGAUGCUACAUGUACAACAAACCACUUCAGUGUUUUUUCUGAAAUGUAGUCAAAGGGAUCCGUUGCUGUUCUUGUACAUCAGAAGUGAUUGUGUGCUAUUAUCUGCAGUGUGUUCGGCUGAGCAGUGUUACUGUAUACACAUCAUCGGCAUACCAGAGGUGGUGUAUUAUCCCAUUUUCUGUCUUUAAAUAUCAGCGUACUAUGUGGGUUCCUUCUCUUGAAGGAAUUCAAAAGCCCGUGCAACUGUACUGCUAAGUAACACUCAUUUGUGUAAUUAUACUGUCCAGUUCUGGAAUAUGUAUCAUGCAAGAGCACUUCUGUGUUUUUUGCAAUUUUCUUGCAUCCCUUCUGUGUAAAAAACCAAACCAAACCAAAAAAAAAAAAACCCAAACCUAAACAUAGCAAACUAAACCCCAGUGUUUUUAACAGUGGACAAUAUUCACAGUAGCUGCUCGAGAUCUGGAAUAAGCUACGUUUCAGAACACAAGGAUUUUUGCGAGCUUGCAUUCUAUGUGCUUAGAAGAUACUCAGAAAACAAGUAAUCUAAAUCCAAAUAAUCUGAAUUGUAUGUCUUAAUAUCAGUUUCCUGUGACUAUCGUGCACCCAUUUUAUCUGAAGCACCAUGCAGUUGCAAUACAAUGCAAACAUGCUCAGUUCAGCAGAGUCUGAAGUGCAACUAUCACAACUCAGCAUUGAGUUGAUGACCCCUGCUUAGAGGUGGACCUUACACGAAAUUUACCAUAAAUUUCCAUACUGAGGAUCUGAAGUAGCCAUCUGAUGAGCAGUACACUAGUACUUAGAGGGUUAGAGGAAGCUUGAGUAGCUGCAGUAGUGUAAUGUGAUUACUAUAAUUCAGUAGAAUCUUUCCAUAGAAGCUACAAAACUGCAGGGCAGUGAUCUGGAGCAGUGUUCUUCUACUUGUAGUCAGCAAAUCCCUUGGCAUUCCUGUAGGAUUUCAAGGAACUGUAAAAAACAGCUGAGAGCAAUUUUUAUCAGUCAGCCUGGAUUCUUAUAAAAGAGGCUGCAGCUCCUAAAAAAUUUUAAUGGUAUACAAGUCAAAAUCUGAAAAACAGUUCAGUGUGUUUCUUGGUCAUCAGUAGAAGAAACAUGCUGCUAUUAAUGUGUUCAUUUCUAAGUAAAUUGUAAAUUUCCAAACUCAUGUGGCAAUUACGGUUUAAGGGAGGCCAAGAUGUGCCAAAGUUUUAUCAGAAUUUCACAUCGAAGCUGUUUGCCUGCUCUUGGAGUUCAAAGUGAUGCAAUUUACAUUUCAUCUGUACUUAACCAGUUCUUAACACUUCAGAUUCACCUGCUUCAGUCUAACUGGAACUAUCGCUAGAAUUUUUUUCUUGUCUCCUAUUUUCAGUGCUAAUGGAGCAAAGAGAGCAGAACAUCUUGCAGAUAAAAGUAGGUUCCUAACACAUUAGGAACAUUGCUGGUAUUUCAAUUAUUUCCUUAUUCCACUGUCAAAGUUGUAGGGGAGAUUGUAGUUCUCCUGUUUUUACUUUCUAAUUUUUUCUCAUUUGGAAAAAUUUUCGACUCUGUGGCCUAUUUGGAUCCAGAAAUGAGCAAGACAACAAAAGGAACCUUGGCAAAAAAGGAUGACACAGAGUGAAGAAAAGCAGUGAGAGGUGCAAGAAAUCAGAGAAUAGGUCUUAGCAGUGGUAGAGGAAGCUGGUUUAAAAGAAGGGAAGCAGUUAAGCCACUGGUGAAAAAGGUAGUUUAUCCCCUGCAUGCCGCAUCUAGACAGGAGUAGAUACUAGCUACUGUCAGUGAGAAGAUGAAGAAUCAAUUCAGUUGUUUAAUACUGAGAGGAGAAUGCAUGCUCUGCUUUUGCAGUUACCCUGCUGGUUCAAGACUGGAAUGGCAAAGUACAGCUUUCCAGAGCACAAAACAAGGGCUUGAGGCCUCUUAUAAGUACACGUACUAUCUGUAGGAAAGGGAAUUCUGCACAGAACCGAGCCUGUCUUGAGUCAAGAAUGCCAAUUGUAACAUCAGGUAGACAGAUUGCUAAUUAUGCAGUAUUUUACAUACCUUGAUUUGUAUGCAGAAUGUAUAACUACACUGCUUUGAUUAUCAGAGGUAUUUCCUGCUGAUGAAGACCACAAUUAAGCUGGAUUGCCUUGCUAUAAGAAGAAAAAGACCUGGCUUCUCACAAUUUAGUCUAACUGUUUCUCCUACGUAAUUAUGAACCCAUUAAGAGUGGCUGUUAAUACAUGGUAUAAACUUGAUAAAAGAUUGGCUUCUAGAAAGCGCUGUGUUUCCAAAGAAAUAUAACCUGUCUUUGUAAUUGUUGGUAAUCCUGUAGAUAAAGAAGUGGCUUACAAAGGAUCUGGCUGCCAGUUGCUUACCAUUCUUGGUCAUUUAAGUUGUGAUUGAUAGUGUAUUUCCACUAGUUAGGUUUUCUGGUAUUUUUAGAUACUGUCUUUAAAUGACUGAAACUUAUACAAACAGUGAUACAAUUAAGAGUUUUCUAGAAGCCUUUCUCACAGCAAUUAAGUAGGAUUGCUGUGUGCUGGAAUCACCAGUUUCUCUCUUGGCUUACUGCCCUCACCAAAACACUUGCGAAACCACAGAAAUAAAAUCCUGUUCCUUCUUGGCAAA